CUAAGAGCGAUGCGAAACUCGUUUUCGCAGCUUUUAGUCUUUAAAAUAUGAGAAGCUGCGGUUGAGAAAGUCAGUUGCCAUUGUGGCAUGUGCAAAAGGGGCACAAUGCUUAAAACGUACAUUGUGGCAUUGAUAGUCCAUGCAGCAUUUGCGGCACCAGCCACAAUUGUGCCGCGCAUCCAGAGCGAUAAUGGCUUUCAGCUGGAGCCUCAGGAUGAUCAAUAUACGUUGAGCAUACGACAUCCGGAUGGCAAAAGUUGGCGCGAAGAGACGGUGCAACUAACUCCGGCAGGUGUGCCGGAGGUUAAAGGUGUAAUCAAUCAGGCUUUUGAUGAUCGAGGCGCCACCUUGUUGGUCACCUACGAGGCGGGGCCUAAUGGAAAUGUGGCCAAGUAUAGAUAUAAAAGCAAUAGCCAACCCGAAAGACCGAUAUAUGGAGUACUUUUAAGUUCAACUCUUUUAAAGGUAGCAGCCGGUUGAAAGUUUUGUACAGCGCUUAACUUAAUAAAAGAAU